AUGAGCAACCCCGCCUGGCUGCCCCCCCAGUACCUGUUGCAGCCGCUCUGGCGGGCCCUGCGCCCCAACGGCAGCGCCUUCCUCUCUGCGCUCCACGGCCUCCCCAACCAGUCCUUCCUCCACAGCGCGUUGGACCUGGAGGACCUGGGCGACUUCGGCGGCGGCGCCAGGUAUGAGGGCGAGUCGCAGAGCCGCACGGUGAAGGCGCUGCUCAUCGUCGCCUACUCGGUGAUCAUUUGCGUCUCGCUCUUCGGCAACAUCCUGGUGUGUCACGUGGUGCUCAAGAACAAGCGGAUGCGCUCGGCCACCAGCCUCUUCAUCGCGAAUCUGGCGGUCGCGGACAUCAUGAUCACCGUUCUCAACACCCCCUUCACGCUGGUACGAUUUGUGAGGAGCACCUGGCUUUUUGGAAAGCUGAUGUGCCACGUAAGCCGGUUUGUUCAGUACUGCUCCGUUCAUGUAUCCGUCCUGACCCUGGCUGCCAUCACUCUGGAUCGACACCAGGUUAUCAUGCACCCUCUGAAGCCACGCAUGUCCAUGGUGAAAGGAGGGAUUUGCAUCAUUAUCAUCUGGGUUAUGGCCAGCUGCUUCUCUUUGCCCCAUGCCAUUUAUCAGACUCUGGCGAGAUUUUAUAUCGGGAAUAGAACAAUCCGAAUGGUCUGUCUCCCCAGCUUCCCUCCACCUGCUGACCUUUUCUGGAAGUAUUUGGACUUAACUACUUUUGUUCUCUUGUAUGUCCUGCCCUUGCUUGUGAUCACCAUCACAUACACCAUGGUGGCCAAGAAGCUCUGGCUGAGAAACGCCAUUGGCGACAUCACCAUGGAGCAAUAUUACGCCCAUCAGAAAAAAAAGAUGACGACCCUGAAGAUGCUGAUGGUGGUGGUGAUAGUGUUUGCAGUGUGCUGGUUCCCUCUGAACUGCUACGUGGUGCUCAUCUCCUGCAGGGCCAUCCACAGCAGCAACGCGCUCUACUUCGCUUUUCACUGGUUUGCCAUGAGCAGCACCUGCUACAACCCCUUCAUUUACUGCUGGCUGAACGAGAGCUUCCGCGCUGGGCUGGCGGCGCUGGGCUGCGCGUGGCGGCGCAGGGCCGUGCGCCCGGCUGCUCUCCGGAGCCUCUCUGACACCGUUUCUGGAGAAUCUACUGCACCACAGAGGUUUUACGGGGUGGUUCCCAAUGACAGCUGCAUCUUCUUCAGCUUCCUGGAGAACCAAAGUAGCCGAAGCUGCUGA